CAAAACUACAUUCUGUACCUACAUAAGUAUGAUACUACGGACUUGUACAGACAAGAUUCCUCCUUUAUUCCACACGGUGACAAGUUUUAUAAGGGUUAUACAGCAUAUGAAUCAGUGAACUACCGAAACCUCUAUAUUCGACAUGAGGAUUUUAACUUGAUGAUAAGUGAAGAUGAUGGUACAGAUUUUCUUCACAAAGAUGCCAGCUUCCUUCCAACCAAAAAUCUUGGACCUUUUAAUUGCGACUUUGAGAUUGGUCUCUGUGGUUGGGUGAACAGAAGAGAGGGAGAUGACACUGAUUGGACUAGGCAUACUGGAGCAACAGAUACAGAGAACACGGGUCCAAGUGGAGACCACACACAUGGAAAUGUAUGUUGGAACAAACUAGAUAACAUUAACUUGAUACAAGAUUUAGUGUCGGAUCCAACGUUUAAUGACCCACCCAAUGUAUGGAAUUUUGGAAGGUUUUCAGACACAGAGGUUGAUAAAUGUGAGUUAGAAUGCAGCAUUCAACCAUUUUGUGCUGCAUAUACUUUUGUAACAAAUGAUGCAACUAAUGGAGAAUAUGCUGGUUACUGCUAUGGAAGAGCAAGCACCCCAGACGUACAGAGCAAAGAAAUAAACCACAUAUCUGGCAGACGUGUUCAGUGUCAAAGUGGUUACUACAUGUAUCUGCAGAGCUCACCCCCAAAUGUACCGGGGGACACCGCCCAAUUCUUCAGUUCACCAUUAAAUACAGAUGGGGCACAGUGUGUGUCAUUCUGGUACCACAUGCAUGGAUCAGAUACUGGUAUACUGAACAUGUUAUUAUCAACAGAAGAAGCUAAAACUAAUCCUCUUUGGUCCCGACAUGGACCACAAGGCAGGUGGUGGGUUGGUGCUACGGUGAAUGUUAAAUCUGAUGUGAAUUAUAAAGUUGCAUUUGAGUCUGUGGUUGGUAGUGGACAAAAAUCUGACAUAGCCCUUGAUGAUAUUGCAAUGACAAGUGGUCAAUGUCCAGAGGUUGCAGGUUUCUGUGACUUUGAAAAUUCACAGUUAUGUGGGUGGACUAAAGAUGACUCAUCAGACUUCUUAUGGACCUGGGAUAGUGGUGGUACUUCAUCUACUAAUACAGGUCCGUCAUAUGAUCAUACUUACCAAACUGAACAAGGUCACUACAUAUUCAUUGAAGCGUCAUCACCCAGGGUCUCAGGUGAUGUUGCAAGAAUGUUUUCGCCUACUUUUGUUGGUUCCAAAGAAUCAAAGUGCAUGAGAUUUUAUUAUCAUAUGUUUGGAACAAGUAUUGGUUCUUUGUCAAUUUAUCUUGCUCAUGGCCUUCAAAUGGGUCUACCAUUAUGGUAUAGAGACAGCAACCAAGGUGACCAAUGGUUACUUGGCCAAACCACAAUCUCAUCUGCAAAUGAUUAUGAAAUUGUAAUAGCUGGUAGUAUUGGGUCAUCUUACUAUGGUGACAUAUCGGUUGAUGACAUCACAAUUACAGAUGGCGCGUGCUCCGAGACGUGUGACUUUGAUCACCCUACACUUUGUGUUUGGGACAAAAACCCUUGUAUAAUGACUGAUCUUGAUUGGACAGAAGUACAAGGAAAAAUUGCAAAUGAACUUGGUCCACCAGUUGACCACACAACAUCAUCGGAUACUGGUUACUACCUAAUGGCUGAUAUGUCAAUUGGUAAACCAGCUGAUGUAGCCAGAUUUGAAAGUGAAACCAUACCACCAUCAUCACCUGAUUUCAACUGUGUUUAUUUUUGGUAUUACAUGACUGGUGCAACUGGCAAUCUAUCUGUGUAUGCAGAAAGUGUUAAUACUGGUGGAAGGUAUGAGACCUGUAUCAGACUUUAA